AUGUGUUUGAUAAUUGCACUCAGUUUACUAUUAAUUUUAUUAUACUUUACGUUUAAGAGUAAAUCUUCUGAUUAUUGGGCGGAGCAAGGGGUCCCGGUGGCACACGGGCGCGAGUGGUUCUUUGGACAUUACAAGCAGGUGUUUUUGGCGAAGAAACAUAUAGCGCAUCUUUAUGCAGGACUUUACAACGAGUUCCCAGAAGCUCCGGUGGUAGGGUACUAUCAACUGAACUACCCUGCCCUCUUGGUCCGAGAUCCUGAACUUAUACGAUCCAUCCUUAUCACCGAUUUCGCUAACUAUGCCAGCGGCUACCCGGUGGAUAAAAAUUACGACGUCCUCGCGGGUUUUAACCCUUUCUUCACAAAGGGCGAGGACUGGAAGAUGUCCCGCAACCACGCGACGCCGGCGCUCAGCACCGCCAAACUGAAAGGGUAUUUGCCCAGCAUUGUCAAAGUUGGAGACGAAAUGGUCAAGUAUUUGAGGGACAAUUGUCAAAAGGCAAACAUAGAUCUGAAAGAUAUAACAACAAUGUUCACAACAGACGUGAUGGCGAACGCAAUAUGUGGCAUAGAGAACAACACGUUUGAAAACCGAAACUCCUUCUUCGCGACCAUCACUGGAGAGAUCACGCGUCAACUGGAAAUCACGGUUUUGAAUAACUUGAUAUAUCUAGCAGUCACUAUUAUACCUGGACUCAAUAAAAUAAUGCAGUUGCGGUUCGCAACGAAGAAACUGGAGAAUCUUCUUGUGUCUCUAACGCGAGAAAUAAUAAAAGACCGCACCGCUACUGGCAAAAAACGAAAUGACGUUUAUCAAGUAAUGAUGGCUUUCCGGGACGGCGAUGAUAAAGGAGUGUUCACGGAUGAGUACGUCACCAGUCAAGUGUUCACGAUUCUACUAGACUUGUUUGAGACAUCGAGCAUUGCCCUGAUGGUAGCCUUGUUUACUCUCGCGUGGCACCCAGAACAUCAAAACAAACUUCGGUCAGAGAUUGUAGACCUAAAAUUGAAGACUAAAGGAGAAUACACGCUGGAGGAUGUCGAGAAAUUUAAAUAUUUGGAUAUGGUUUUUAAUGAAUCUCUACGUUUGUACCUCCCUAUAUCCGUGUUAUCUCGUGAGAGUACAAAGAAUUGCACUUUGGCUAUCCCGGGACGAAACCCUAUCCGAAUAACUGAAGGCACACCAGUGAUAAUACCGAUCGGUUGCAUCCAAGUUGACCCUAAAUAUUAUCCUGAGCCAAGAAAGUUCGACCCGGAACGGUUUUCGGAAGAAGAAAUUGCUAAGAGGCCGAAAUUCACCUUUAUGCCGUUCGGCGAGGGACCUAAGAAAUGUUUAGGUAUGCGCAUCGCUACCCUGCAAGUGAAAGUGGCUAUAAUGAGCAUCCUUGAGCACUUCGUACUGAAGCCGAGUGCCAAAACGACCUACCCCCUGGAUAUCGACCCGAGAACUUUUCUCUUCAGUCGCCCGACGCGCGGUGCUUGGGUUCAUUUCGAAGAAAUAAAGUGAUUUUACUAUAA